UGCAAGAUCUAUUCUACUCUUCAAUUUAAUAUUAAUGAUACUCUUAUAUGUGAAAAAAGAAAAAAAACCCCAGAAAAUACGCAACAUCAUCAUCAAUAUCAUUAUUAUAUCAUCAUCAUAAUCGCCAUCAGAGACAGAUAUAUCUCUUAGCUCUCAUUUUCUCUCUCUGUUGAUUUUCAGCUUUUCUAGAACAUACCCACAUUUCCCAUCUCUUCUCCUUUGUUUAUAUACAUAUAAAAUUGUAAAACCCAUCAUAUAAGUUACUCUUCAAUCCCUUUCCUCUUUGUUUGUUUCAUCAAAGAUUUGACCCUUUUCGUUUUUGAUCCAUGAUCAUUCCCUAAUUUGGGAUUUAAAUGCAAUUUAGGGUUUCCAAAAUUGAGUCUUUUUUGUUCCUGAAGCUGAAGAAGAAUUGUGUAAUUUCAAUCUAAGUCAAAGGGGCCCCUUUUUCAUUUUGUGGGUAUUAAGAAAAAUAAAAUGCUAGCUUUGAAGCAACUCAAGUGUGUGGUGAUGCUUGUUGCUUUGAGUUGUGUAUGUACUGCUAUAUAAUUGGAUUUGGUUUUUGGUUCUUUCUUGGAUUUGAAUGCUGGAAUAGUUGGUUCCCGAGCCAGGGGCUCGGGUUUUGAUUGUAUCAUAUUUUGGGAUAUCAGUACAAAAUUUUACCAAUGGCAGCUUGUGAUAUGGAAUCUCAACAUCAACAGGAACAAGACCAGUUUUCACCAAUUCGACAAGGGUUUAUGCAGAAAUUCAGGCUCUAUCAAACUCUAUCGAAAUUUUACAUGAUAGGAAGGGACAAAAGUAGAACACACUGGAGAGUGUUGAAAAUUGAUAGGAUGGAGCCUUAUGAGCUUAACAUACGUGAAGAUUCCACUACCUAUACUGAACGUGAGUGCUCUGACUUGUUGAGAAGGAUACACGAGGGUAACAGGUCUACAGGAGGUCUGAAAUUUGUCACUACCUGUUACGGCAUUGUCGGGUUCAUCAAAUUUCUGGGGCCUUAUUACAUGCUUCUCAUCACGAAAAGGAGGGAGAUUGGCGCUAUUUGUGGUCACUCUGUAUAUGCUGUCACUAAGAGUGAAAUGAUCCCGCUUCCAAAUGCCGCAACAAGGUCAAAGAUGGUUAAUUAUAGUAGUGAAAACAGGUACAAGAAACUCCUUUGCAUGGUGGACCUUACAAAGGACUUCUUCUUCAGUUACUCAUACCAUAUUAUGAGGAGUCUACAGAUGAACAUGUGCAAUAAGGAGACUGGACCAGACAUUUAUGAGACCAUGUUUGUCUGGAAUGAAUAUCUGACACGUACAGUACGGAAUCUCCUUCACAACACUACUUGGACAGUGGCAUUGGUUUAUGGAUUCUUCAAGCAGGUGAUUCAUCUGGUAUUUAAAAUUACUUUACAUUGCUUCUCACUCUUGCGGAAUAUAUCACAAAGACAAUCAUGAAAAGGCCUGCUGAUA